AUGGCCAUCUUUCAGGAAAAAGGCCGGUGGCCGCUCGUCCGGCGCCUGCGCUGGCUGAGAAUCGGCCAAUACGUGCUGAACGUGACGAUAAUAGCCAUCAGCGCGUUCCUGCUCGCCGUGCUGAUUUCCAACGACGCAGGACUAGGAGGCAGCGUCACGCUGGCAAUGGUGGUGGCGGCCCUGACCCUGGUUCUCACCUUUGUGCAGCAGUGUUUCGGCACGCGCCUGGCCGGAUACCGGCGACGCGGGUGCCUCAUCUUCUUCAUCUUGUUCGACCUUCUCUGCCUGGGGCUGCAGGUGCCCCUGGUUGCUGUCCUGGCGGCAGCCGGCCUGCCCGUCGACUGCCACGGCAUCGCAUUCGGCAGGGACCCUCAUGUCUUCGGGGAGUCUGGCCGUGGACUGACGCCGACUUUCUGCGCCGUGCCCAACGCCACCUUUUGGCUGUCCAUUAUUCUCAUCCUUAUUACUCGACAGAUUGUCGCGGUGAGCGGGGAGCUGAAGCUGCUCCGGCAGGAGGAGAAGGACGUUGCGAGCCAGGAGCGCAUCACGGCCAUCAUGGCCGCGCACCAGGCUCCCCCGCGGACUCGGAACCGCGCGCGGCCGAGCCAGGUCGAGACGGUGGACUUGCGGACCGAGUCCGUCCGGGGCAUGGGCGAGCGUGAUGCCGGGGCCGCCGUGGUGCCGCCGGCUGCAGGCCCGGCGGCUGAGGAGCCUCCGCCUUAUAUGUCUGCUCGGCCGGCAAGGGAUUUAGCGACGAGCUUGAAGAAGAAUUAA